AUGAGUUCAGUAAGUAUGAGCGACAGUGUAUACAAAGGGUCCGAUUUCGACGAAAAGGUGAGAAAACAAGUGGAGUUUUACUUUUCAGACAGUAAUUUGCAAACUGACAAGUUUUUGUGGAGAAUAUAUGAGGCCAAUGAUGGGUGGGUCGAGUUGAAGACCAUCUUGACUUUCGGCCGUAUGAGACAAUACAGACCAGAAGACAAGGUUAUUGAAGCUCUCAAGGCAUCGGACAAGUUGGUUCUUUCGUCCAACAACGAUAUGAUCAGAAGAAAGGAUCCAUUGAAGGACUUUAAUGAGUUGAAAAAUACCAGAAGAAGAAAUAGUGUUCACAUCGAAGGGUUCCCUAAAGACGCUACCCAGGAAGACUUGGAGGAAUGGUUCUCCACUAAAAUCGUGCCAAAAUUGCCUGUUGAAAAAGCAUUGUGUUCGAUUCGUAGACACCGCACCAAGGCCGGUCGUGAGUUUUUGGGAAUUGCUGACGUGGAAUUCAAGACUCAGGAAGAUGCCGAGUACUUCUUGAACGAGUUGAAUGUCAGCUAUCCAGAUGGUAUUUUAGAUGGAGACAAUGUGGAAGGUAAGGACGUGUUGAAGAAGAUGUCGCUUCUCACGUACAAGGAACUCAAGGAAGGAGGUAAGCGUUUUGGAGUCAAUGAAGUGACCAAGAGACGCAGCAGCUUCAACGAUUCGCGCGGAAAGAAAAAGUUCAAGGGAAGAAAGGACAAAACCGAGGGAGUAGCCGAGGAGGUGAAAGAAGAUGAGUCCACCGAAACCACCGAAACCACUGACGAAAAAGAACCUAAAGAGAAAGAAGAGAAAGAAGAAGAGUCUGACAAACCUGCGAAAAGUGAAAGUGCUGAAGGCACCAAGGAAAACUAG